AAUCAAAAUAUUUUAAGGCCACCGCAUUGUGUAUAGUUAUGUAACAACCUGUAAGCGUCGGGUGAUGAUGUUCAUUUUUUUCCCCAGAUAUUAUCAGCAAUCAUUUUGAAAGAGUCGGUCUCAAAGAAGCAAGCCGACUCGUCAGUCGGUUGGUUGUUGGAAUUUUGAGCAGCUCAUUGACAACCGACAACUAGUUAUUAUACAUUUUUGAGCAUCCUCUUUUCCGUUAAUUAAAAGGGAAAAAAGGGCUUGGUCUCAAGGGCGAUAUCAUCUAUCCGACAAUGUAAACGCUAAUCGUUUAAGAAGUUCUGUACUCUAUACCAGCCCUCCCUUUCCACCCUUGAUUGAUGGUGAUAGAUGAAAAAAGAUGGAUAGCGUUAAUUGUUGCAUUUAAACGAUUAGAGGUUGGCCUCAAGUAACAAGUGUUCAUCUUUGAAACCGGAAUAAUGCCGCCCAGAAAUUCAAAAUCCAAUUUUGGCGAGUUUUCCAGAAGGAUUUUCAUCAAUCUGAGCGAAUUUUUUUUUUUAUGUGUUAUGAUGGUCCAGAAUUUCCAGCUAAAUCUAAACGGUGGUGGGUCUUAUAUAAAUAUCACGCACAGGGCACAAGGUGAUUUUUGGGUCGUCGAGUCAACAAGGCCAUCGAUAUCAACAUUUAUCUCUGACGGAUCGGACACCCAACCCAAUCAACUAUUCCGGUCGGAGAGUGUUGCGGGCACGUUAACAGCGAAUUCAGCGAAUAAAUCAAUAGAAACGACGGCGACGAAUUUUUCAGACGUGCGAGCCUCGGCCACAUCACAUUCGACGUCGAACUAGAUCUAGCACGUUUGCCGUCCGGUAUUUUCUCCCCUUCACGAAGAAAAAAAAUGUUCAAAGCAUUUCUACACACGUUCGUACAACCACAACAACAACAACCACAUACCGAGCAUACAACAACUGAAAAGGAGGAGGAGGAGGCCGGGUGUUAUGUAGUGCAAACGCACCGAGCCCCAAUUAGUUAGAGGACCUCGUGUAACUUGAUCCGGUUAGGGAGGGUGUGUGGGCUUUUUCGUAUUUCUUUAAUUUCAUUUUCCAACUGGGGAUGAUGAGGAGGAUGGAUGGAUGGAGGGGAAUGAAACAUGUAGGCGGUGUAUAGUACGUACGUGUGUGUUGCGUGUGUUCUCACGGAAAACGCGGUUGGUUAUAUGUUUUGCCCGCAGAUCGUUUUACACGCAAAGUGAAUAUCACUCCCCCCCCCCUUUUUUUCAUGUAAUGCCAUGGAACUAAAAAAAAAAGGUGUCGGAAUCUUCCGUCAUUCCAUUGCCGGCUGUCGGCGGAUCGUGUGCAGUCAAAAACCUCGGCUCAUUUCACUUGCGGUCGAAUAGAAAAAGAAUAAUAAUUAUUAUUUUUAAUUUGGCUUUGCCGGUUGUUUGAAUGUAAUUUUUUGUUUAGUUGAGCGCUAGCAUCUCUGUCGCCAACAUCUGUGUCGUCAUCAUCCAGCAGUCCGGAUUAUAAAUUUUUUUUUUUUAAAUCAUGGGCAGUCGGCGGCCGAACGCGGCUCGUGAGCGAAGUCGGGUCCAAAACUUACGUGACGCUUUCCAAUCUUUGCAGUCGGCACUGCCGGCCGUCCCGCCCAGCACCAAACUCUCCAAACUGGACGUCCUCCUCAUGGCGAGCGCCUACAUCGCCCAUCUCGGCCGACUGGUUCAGGUCGACAACGACGGCGGCGACCAGCAGCAACCGCAGCCGCAGCAGCCAACGAAUUUCAAUUCAAACGACGGCGCCACUUUCCACCCCGUCAAGAAAUGGCCAAUGAGGGCUCGACUCUACGCCGGACUGAAUCAUUCCGGUUCGCAUCGGCCACUCCGACCAGACGAAGGUCUACCGACAUCAUCAUUCAGGAGGUAAAACUCAACGAGUUGCCAACCUAACCACAAGGAGGCGGCAAUGCGCACUCGAAUAUAAUGCGCCCAAAAUAAAAAGCGAAAGUUUUCAUUCCAUUGUUUUUUGAAUGAUUCGAUAGAAUUGCGCAACCAAUUGGCAUUGAUUUCGAUGAAUUGUUUUAUUAACUUUUAAAUUUCCCGCUCGUUUAAAUCCCUUUCUCCGCCGUGUAAUUGAAUUCCAACUAACGUCCCGAUUAUGUACGGCUAAUAAAUAAUCAAAAGUCUCUCGAAUGUAUCGCGCGUCGCCAAUCGAAAUACAUCCACGUGUUAUUAAGUGGAAUCCCAUUGCAAGUGACAACUGCGUUGUCCAGCCCCGGUCCAGCUACCACCCCUCGAAGAAAAUAAGUGGGCGGAGAAGUCUAAAUCGAACCCGUUUGGACGGGUGCGAACGGGCACCAACCAGGUCGCCGGCCGUUCGAUUUCAUUCUGAAAGUGUAUAGCGGCCGGCCGGCCGGCCGUCGUCGGCCCGUGUUGUCUGGAAUAUUAUGUGUGUUCUCCCAACAGAAAACAUACAUAUCAACUGGGCUGAUUCAAUUCAGUUUUUUCUUCACCCAAUCACGAAUGUAGAAAUCGUAGUGGCGAACAAUUUUGGGAGCAAGAAUGAAUUCAUCGAAGAAAUCUUAUUUUGUUGUUUUCCGAGAAGAACCAAAACUGCUAGCCGUGAAAAACUGUUUUUGAGAGAGGGGGACACAGUUUAUGUUGUCCGAUUCGAACCAGUUGAAACGGGCCCGAGAGGUGAGAGCGUCCGUCGCCGCCGCAUCACCUUUUCGGCCAGCCAAAAGUGAUGUCAUAAGACACACACACAAAUCAUGACAAGUCUUUUCAUAUGGCAGGGGCCAGCUAGAUCAAACCAACGCGUGAAA